UGUUGCUGUGCUGGAAACCCCGUACUUUCUGAAAGGACCCAAGAUGGCUGAACGCACACAGGGGGGGUAGUUGGCAAUUAUCUGUGCAAUAUGAUGGACAUUCAUGUUAAAUAACGUUAGUAUGUGAAACGUAACAUUGAUGGAGUUAUACGAUUACAGCUGGUUGAUCUGCAUAAUUUUUGAGUGCAAGAAUACCUCGUAAGGAGAGAGACGGGUCUCUCUGCGGCCCAGAGCCAGAACAUGGCGGAACACUUGGGAAAGAAAUAGCUAGCAGCUAACGGUAUUAUCAAGAGACACCGAGCUAGCUGAUCCGAAACGUCGGGGGCUACAUUGGACAACACUGGUUGUAAACGGGCAAUAAUAUAACCGGUGCAUAGUAUUUCGCAUAGUAUCGCUAUUUAACAAUUUACUGUUUUCAUACGAUGUUUAAUGUAGCUAGGCAGUUGGCUGACUAGCUAACUUGCCUAGCUAACUUGCUAGCCAGCGAUCUAGCCCACUACGGUAGUUACAGUAGCUAGCAUACAACAAUCAUCUCACUGUAGCUGAAGUCUGAGGAUAUAGCCAGGUGAUCUUACCUGCAUGUUUACCUUUGAAACAUACUCGUCAUACUUAUUAGUUAGUCUGUGCUGUUUCUGGAGGAGAACGCGAACCUAACUAGCAAGUCGGUUAUGUUAAACAGCGCGACUUGAUCAUGCGUCGUGCAUUUCUAGUCUGCGAAAGACAUGUUUUGCGGAAGCCAGCUAAGGUUAGUUAUCUGUAGGAAGUUACAAUUAGCAAACAGCCAAACCCAAGUAAUCUAGCUACUGUUUUUGAAAGCGAAAGUGGAUCUAGUUAUCCUCAUACGAGGAAGUCGGUAGAGUUGCGGCGCAAGGUAAAUACAUCGGCGGGGGAAGCGGCCACGACCACCUGCCAAGAUGACGGAUACCCGCCGCCGAGUCAAAGUUUAUACUCUCAACGAGGACAGACAAUGGGAUGACCGCGGUACGGGACACGUCUCCUCCGGUUAUGUGGAGAGGCUGAAAGGCAUGUCUCUGCUGGUGCGAGCGGAGAGCGAUGGUGAGUCAGGUUCCCUACUGCUCGAGUCGAAAAUCAACCCAAACACAGCCUACCAGAAACAACAGGACACAUUGAUAGUGUGGUCGGAGGCUGAGAACUAUGACCUGGCCCUCAGCUUCCAGGAGAAGGCUGGCUGCGAUGAGAUCUGGGAGAAAAUCUGUCAGGUCCAGGGCAAGGACCCGUCAGUGGACAUCACACAAGAGCUGGUGGACGAGUCGGAGGAGGAGCGCUUUGAUGACAUGUCCUCCCCAGGCCUCGAACUCCCUCCCUGCGAGCUGGGCCACCUUGAGGAGCUUGCCGAGCUCGUGGCCUCAUCACUCCCCUCCCCCUUACGCCGUGAGAAACUAGCCCUGGCUGUGGAGAACGAGGGCUACAUCCGCAAGCUCCUGGAGCUCUUCCGCCAGUGCGAGGACCUGGAAAACGCAGACGGCCUCCACCACCUAUACGAGAUCGUCAAGGGCAUCUUCCUGCUAAACCGCACGGCCCUCUUCGAGGUCAUGUUCUCUGAGGAGUGCAUCAUGGAUGUGAUUGGUUGCCUGGAGCAUGACCCUGCGCUGGAUGGGUUGCCGCGGCGACACCGCGACUUCCUCACCAAGACGGCGCGCUUCAAGGAGGUCAUCCCUAUCGGUGACCCCGAGCUGCGGGCCAAGAUCCACCAGACGUACCGCGUGCAGUACAUCCAGGAUAUGGUGCUGCCCACGCCGUCGGUGUUCGAGGAGAACAUGCUCUCUACGUUGCACUCGUUCAUCUUCUUCAACAAGGUGGAGAUUGUGGGUAUGCUGCAGGACGACGAGAAGUUCCUGACGGACCUCUUUGCACAGCUCACAGAUGAGGCUACCGACGAUGACAAGAGACAUGAACUGGUAAACUUCCUAAAGGAGUUCUGCGCCUUCUCACAAACGUUACAACCUCAAAACAGAGACACCUUCUUCAAGACUCUGUCAAACAUGGGAAUUCUCCCUGCACUAGAGGUUAUACUGGGGAUGGAUGAUGUGCAGGUGCGCGGCGCAGCCACCGAUAUCUUCUCCUAUCUGGUGGAGUACAACCCCUCUAUGGUACGAGAGUUUAUCAUGCAGGAGUCCCAGCAGAACGACGAUGACAUCCUGCUGAUCAACCUGAUCAUCGAGCACAUGAUCUGUGACUCGGACCCGGAGCUGGGCGGCGCCGUACAGCUGAUGGGUCUGCUACGCACCCUGGUGGAUCCUGAAAACAUGAUGGCCACCGCCAAUAAAACGGAGAAGACAGAGUUCCUGAGCUUCUUCUACAAGCACUGCAUGCAUGUCCUCUCUGCUCCUCUACUGGCCAACACCACGGAUGACAAGCCCAGUAGAGAUGACUUCCAGACGUCUCAGCUGCUGGCGCUGAUCCUGGAGCUGCUGACGUUCUGCGUGGAGCACCACACCUACCACAUCAAGAACUACAUCAUCAACAAGGACAUCCUCCGUAGGGUCCUGGUGCUCACUGCCUCACAGCACGCCUUCCUGGCCCUCUGCGCGCUGCGCUUCAUGAGGCGGAUCAUCGGGCUGAAGGACGAGUUCUACAACCGCUACAUCAUGAAGAACUUCCUGUUUGAGCCGGUGGUCAAGGCCUUCCUCAACAACGGCGCCCGCUACAAUCUCAUGAAUUCAGCCAUCAUCGAGAUGUUUGAAUAUGUCCGCGUGGAGGAUGUGAAGUCCCUGACGGCCCACAUAGUGGAGAACUACUGGAAGUCCCUGGAGGAUGUGGACUACGUGCAGACCUUUAAAGGACUGAAGCUGCGCUAUGAACAGCAGAGGGAGAGGCAGGACAACCCCAAACUGGACAGCAUGCGGUCGAUCCUGAGGAACCACCGGUUCCGGCGUGAUGCGCGAACGCUGGACGACGAUGAGGAGAUGUGGUUCAACGCGGACGAGGAAGAGCUUGAGGACUGCGAGGCGGUGGUGCCCCCCUCGGACAGCAAGAUCACCAAAGCGAGCGGUGGCGCCGGCGAGAAUGAAGACCUCAUGGACCCCAUCAGCAAGUUCAUGGAAAGGAAGAAACUGAAAGACUCCGAUGACAAGGAAGUCCUGGGCAAGUCCAGUAGUCUGUCAGGCCGCCAGAGCCCCAGCUUCAAACUCUCCUUCUCCGGCUCCACCACCAAGACCAGCCUGUCCAGCCCGCCCGCAUCGCUGCGCCCCGGCUCACCUGGGUCAGGGGCCAAGGGCUCGCCCCCGACAGCAGCCACAGUCACCACAAAGUCCGGAGAAGGACAGACUGCAAUCCACACUUCGGGUGGGGCUGGUGGACUACCCCGAUGACGACGAAGAAGACGAAGAGGAGGUGGGUGGCGAGAGUAAAGAAGAGACUCCGCCCUUGUCCAAGAAGUCCAAGCUUAGCUCCUAAUAAAAAUACAUUGUUAAUGACUGCUUUCCACCGAUCCCAUGAUAGACCCCACACAGGAUGGAACAAACUCUGCUCAAACUGUUAAAACGAAUACACGAACCCCCUCUUGGUUUUCAAUGGGUGCUUCUGUUAAGGAGCGGACUAUGGAUGGAAACGCGUCUCCUCCAACUAAUCCCAAUAUACAAGUGCCAAUCGGGAGGCCGCAGAGCUAGGAACGAACGAAAAGAGAAAAGGCGGAGAUGGAAGACUAUUACCGAUAGCGGCGUCAGAUAAAAGGGGCAGACUGACGAUUUGUAAUCCAACAAAGCUAAAAUACAGCGGGAAAUGACCACAUAAACACACACAUUCAUCCACACACAGACUUAAACCCCAAAGAGCUUCCGUGCUCGGACCAUGACCCCCAAACCCCCCCCCCCCACUCAGGGAAGGACAUCACAGCGCCCCCCCUCCCCCAAUGGGGCCGACCAAUCAAGAUGCAGAACCACUCACCCCCUACGCUGACUUCUCCACCCACUUCUGUUAAUUUCUCUCUUCUCCCUCCACUACUCCCCCCCUUUCUAAUUUUUUGGUUCGUUUUUAAGUUGUUUUUUUUAAAGAUGUUAGUUUCUAGGACCAGACGGGAGACUGCAGACCAAUGGCGAAAUCGCUGUCGUUGUUUUUCAUUUUAUUGAUGUCAUCAGUGCUGUCGUCUUUGCUCAGCGGAAGUUCUUCCUCUCAAUAGAGAAAAGCCAGCUGUUAAUUUUUUUUCCCUUUUUAAUCACUCUCUCUCUUCUGUUUUUGUAAAUGACAACAAAGAGACCUGCCUUUUACAUGUUCAGGAACUUCUGUCUCACUUGAACAGGUUUUUAAAGACCGCAGUAGGUUGAGCUAGUUUUACCCUUUUUUUGCCCUUUGAAACUGCAGAUUUUUUGGACAAAAUAAUUUGUAAUCCUGUCUUGAUUAAAGAUUGAGUGGAAUUAGAUGUGAUCAAUUUUAUCAUAUCUUCACUUUUUUUUGAGUUUUGUUUUCCAUUGUUCAGAAAUAUUUGGGACCAUUAAAAAUGAUCUUUGCUGUAUGAUGUCCAACUACCUUUUGUGAGACUGAGAUUGUGUUCUCUGCACUGCUAUGUUGCAGUAGCCUAGUCCCAGAUCUGUUUGUGCUGUCUUGUCAACUCCUAUGGUGGCGUGACCAUGACCAUCAGAAUCGGCAAGACUUUUCACUUUACACUUUUCAUUUUUUGGGAUGUUGAAAGGUGUAGUAGAAUAUUUUAUUGUGAAUGUGACGUUUUUAUAAUUCAUAAACCCAUUUUUAGCAA